GUGUAUAAAGACAGUUGGCAGCACUCGUUGUAAACCCCGGUUACAUGUAUAUAUAAACUGUGAUUGCCGAAAAUUUCCACUUUGUGUUAGUAGGCCGUUACGACUCCAGUAACAUAAACUUAUUGUCGGACAUCUACAUUAUCAUCAUGAAAGUGUUCCUGAUUUGUCUCCUAUUCGCCGGAGCCAAUGCCGGCUUCCUGGAUUCUUUACAACAAGGUCCGACCAAUGUCAAGGAAGAACUCGCUUCGAAAGUUUCCGCCCACCUCAGCCCUCUAUUAGGCGCGGAAUGGGGCAACUUCUUGGGACACAUAUUUGUCGAAGGUGUCGAAGUCGCUGGAGUUGCAGUUAUCGGAGCCGCUAUUGGAAAGCGAGAAGUUCCACAUAAGGUAACAAUCAAAGACGUGCUUCAUAACGGCGCCAGGGCUUUGGAGCAAAUGUUCGACGACUAUGCCACAGAACUACAGCACUUCCACGAGGAGAUCGCCAGUCUCGCGUAUUUGAAGGGAGAUGUCAACCAGUUCUUUGCCAGCAUGCAGGACUCAAAACUGAUACACGAUAAAGAACUUGACAACAUUGUGUCCAGCGUAAACCAGACAUUGAGAUGUGACAAGAGAAAGAGAAAAGCUAUCGACAACAUUAUCUUCUCCAGGGCGUGCGUACAGUUUAGCUCCGCCGCUAACAAGCUGAAAGAGACGUUUAGUGAUGUUCACAGCCGACUUGUAAAAGGGUCGAAAAAUAUCCUUGGAGCUGUGAAUGAUCAUUUAUCACUUCUGAACGAUACCCUCUCUCACUAAGGACACUGAAAUAGGUCUCCCAGCGCCAUGAUUGGUAAGGACGUAGGACAAGCUCAGACAGUCGAGGCGCUGGAUACCCUGCUUCACCUCGACUCAGACAGCCCAGGCACUGGAUACCCUGCUUCACCUCGACUCAGACAGCCCAGGCACUGGAUACCCUGCUUUACCUCGACAAGCUCAGAAAGCCAAGGCACUGGAUACCCUGCUUCACCUCUACUCAGACAGCCCAGGCACUGGAUACCCUGCUUCACCUCUACUCAGACAGCCAAGGCAUUGGAUACCCUGCUUUACCUCGACUCAGACAGUCCAGGCGCUGGAUACCCUGCUUCACCUCUACUCAGACAGCCAAGGUAUUGGAUACCCUGCUUCACCUCGACUCAUACAGCUCAGGCACUGGAUACAAGGCUUCACCUCGACUCAGACAGCCCCGGCGCUGGAUACCCUGCUUCACCUCGACUCAGUCAGCCCAGGCGCUGGAUACCCUGAUUCAGCUACAUAACAUAUGUAUAUAUACCACAUGAGUGUAAUUUAUGCAUCUCUUUUUAUAGAAAACAUGUCAUUAGAUUACUGAAAUAAUGUUUAAAUUCAAACACAUUUCCAAUUUACGAUUUGUGUCCUUCAAAAUUUCAUUAUUUUUUUUUUUACAUUAUUUGAGUACGCCCAUUGCUGAUAAUGACAGGGUAGCACAACCAUGUCCAUCAGCCGACACAGUGAACGGCGUUUCUUGUCCGAGACUUUGCUGUAGGGAAAGUUCUAUUUCCUAUUACCAGCAGUGUGGUAGUAUAAAUAUAUUGAUACUAUACACCAACAUGGUGUCCUGUGUGAACAUUUGUGAUAAUCUCCUGAUUGCCGUGUUUAUUAGUGAUGUUUCACGUCGUGUAAUAUAUUGUUGCUUUAACAAUUUCAAAAUCCCUGAUUGUUUGAACAUUGAUGACAUGUACAGGUAGAUUGUUCCACACAUCUGCCACUCUAAAUGUGAAUGAGUCUUUAACUCCAUGAUGGAUUUUUUUUUUUUGUCAUUUAUAUCAAAGCAUAUAGAUUGGAAGUGACUAUUUUAUCUAAUAGUUUAGUAGCUCUUCGCUGAACAUUCUCUAGUAGUUGUAUGUUUUAAAUGUGAUCUUACCAAAUGUCCUGUACACACUUUUGAACAUGAAGUUGUCUUCAUAUCUCAAUAAACUUUUUAUAAUACCCGUACCGACUUGGUUUUUAUAUUAAAGUUCUGCAUCUGUGUUCUACAGUCUAGCGUAUCAUCCACCGUUGCACCUCAAUGUUUUUCACUGGUAAUGCUUUUUGAUGUAGUUUUCUAGCCGUUCUAGCCCGUGAGAUAAUAACUUCUGUUAUCUAGGAUUGUCGAUAACCAGUUGUCUGUCCAGUUUUGAAGUUGAUGUAAAUCUGAUUGUAGAAUUUUAUAUCAUCUCUGUUACUAAUUAUCCGGUAUAGUUUGGUAUCAUCUGCGAAACGUGGGUAGGGAGAUAAUAUGUUCUCUGGCAUAUAAUUUAUAUACAGCGCCAGAUGAGCACACACUCUAUGAAGAAUUCCACUGAGGACGCCAUGAGACCUUAAUGAGGACCAAUUACCAACACCUUUUGAUGUCUAUUAUUCAGGAAGUCUUCUUUUUAUUUUAUUGUCUUAUGGCCGACUCCAUAUUUAUAUAGCUUUCUUAAAGGCAGCGGUAAGGUACCUUAUGAAAGACUUUCAUAAAGUUUGAAAUGACAUGGAGUUAUCCUCCCUGUAUCUAACAAGCGGGUCAAGUCAUCUAAAACUGUUAGCAUCUGGAGUGUUGUUGAACUUCAAGGCAGAAAUCCAAAGUGUGUAUUGCUAAAUACAUUUGCACAUGCUGCACAAUAGAAUUACGGAUAAUUCUCCAUGGUGUUUACCAUGACACCUUUUGAGGCUCACAUGGCGGUAAUUCCCUGGGUAAGAUUUAGGCCCAUUUCCGUAGGUGGCAGUAAUGUCAGUAAUGUUUGCAUCCCUCUAUGUUUGAGGUAGUUUUCUUUCCUCCAAAGAUUUCUGAAAUAUUAUUGACAUGGGUUUACUUAAAACGUUUUUUCUUGAAUACGUUUGGGUUGAUUUCAUAAGGAUAUGAUGAUUUAUUUCCAUAACAUUUUAUGAGAAGUUUUCUAAUAGUAUCUUGGUUAUGGGGUGCGUCAUGGAAUCGUUGGCGGAUGGUUAUAGCUUCAAACCUUGAUAGCUCUCCUAUUGGUUCUUUAGAAAAGGCACUGUUGAAAAAGUUAGUCAGUACCUCUACUUUAUCUGUAUCGCUGUUAGCGAAUUUGUUAAGUCCCUAUUCAGAGCUUUUAUAUCUGAAAUUCCUGUUCUGACUUUCGCAUUUACAUAAUUCCUCAAGCAUUUAGGUUGGUGUUUAGCAUUCACUUAAAUUUCUUUUUCGUUAUCUUUUUUUGUUUUCUUUUAUUCAAGCAUUAACUUGAAUGACUUUUUUACGUUAAUGAGCCAUAACAUAAAAAGGGGUGUACUCUGAAUGAACCCCGAAACGGUUGAUGAAAAGAGUACACGCCGGACCGAAAGUAGCUGAUAACAUAGAAAAUUAAACCAAUAGAAAUGCUUGUUUUCAACAGACUUAAAUUAUUACCAUAUGGCUUGGUUCCUGCAUCUUGCAUACAUCUUUUAUUUUCUUGUGACAUUUCCCCAUUUAUUGAGUCCAAUUUCUAUGUUUCCUGCUGGUUUUUCACACUUGGUGACAUCUUGAUUUAAAGCUAUACUGUCCUUGUUCUUGUUGCCAA